AGAAAAUUGACUUUUCGUCUUCCUUUUUUGCAUGUUUCCUUUAUAUAUUAUUUAAUACAGUCAAUAUUUUUAUUGCGGAAUCAUCUUGUAGCACUCAUCUAUGAAGCGGUUUCUUCCAACAACAUUGAAAACCCUGUGGGAAAAACCAUCACCUGGUACCAUUGUAGACGUGCAUGGGUGGGUACGGUCACUACGAAAAUCAAAAAAUGUGUGUUUUGCUAUGGUUUCCGAUGGAACAUGUCAGCAACCCAUUCAGGUGGUAACAACUCCAGAGCAAGCUCAAUCAUUGUCUUACGGUGCUAGUGUUAAAAUUCAAGGGAAGCUUGAGGUUUCUCAAAAAGCGGCUCUGGGAAAGCAGCAGUAUGAACUAUUAGCCCAAAAAAUCGAUCUUUAUGGAACAGUAAACAAUGACUAUCCUAUUCAAAAAAAGAACCUGACAACGGAAUUUUUGAGGCAACAUCCUCACUUGAGGGUUCGUACUGCAAAACAAAGUGACGUGUUUCGUUUAAGGUCAGAUACCUUGGAAGGUCUACGCUCUUUUUUAACCAAAAACGAUUUUAUUGAAACUAAUCCCCCUCUUUUAACAUCUUCAGAUUGCGAGGGAGCAGGUGAAGUGUUUCUGGUUGCUCCCUAUCCUAAAAAAGGUAAUUCAACUGACAGUUCUGAAAUCUCAAACGUUGAUGAUCAAAAUUCAUCGUUUUUUGGAAAGCCGACAUUUCUGACGGUCUCUACCCAGCUCCAUCUGGAGGCAUUGGCACUCGGAAUGGCUCGGGUUUAUACAAUCACACCGGCCUUUCGAGCGGAAAAUAGCCAUACGAGUAGGCAUUUAGCAGAAUUUUGGAUGCUGGAAGUCGAGCUUGCUUUUAUAGAAACAAUGGAUACUCUGACGGGUGUAGUGGAGCGCCUUAUAAAACAUUUAAUUCAGUAUCUAAAACAAAAAGGAUAUCAUCGAGAUCACUGGAAUCACCUAAUGAAUGAAUGGCAUCGCAUAUCAUAUACAGAAGCGAUCGAUAUUUUAAAGAAUUCUGGCAAGGCUGCGCUUGAUCCUCCGGCAUGGGGCAGUGAUCUUAGCAGCGAACAUGAACGAUAUCUGACAGACGUCUAUUUCAGAGGACCUGUUUUUGUGACUGAUUAUCCUACUGCUAUUAAACCCUUUUACAUGAAGCCCAGCUCAAAAGAUACUGUAGCAGCAAUGGAUUUAUUAGUUCCACAGGUUGGAGAAUUAGUUGGUGGAUCCUUGCGGAAAGAUAUUAUUGCACCGGAAGAAGUACCUAAGGGGUUAGAAUGGUAUUCUGAAACCCUGCAACAAGCCAAUACUCCUCAUGGUGGUUUCGGACUUGGUAUAGAACGAUUGCUAGCAUUUUUGGAAGGAGAUGUUACAAAUGUUCGUGAAACCAUUCCAUUCCCUCGCUCAUCUGGAUCAAUAUUCGCUUAAUUUUUUUCUUAUACCCAGUCUAUCAACUCAUUGAAAAAGAAGUAUUUAUUACUAAUAUCUUCAAUUUUACCAAUUUCAUUACGUUCAAUCAUGAUUCCUGUUAAUCACUUGGCAAAUAAUAUUAUCCUGAGACGAGACCGCAAGUCAAAGAAUAAUACGAGAAGGCGUUUACUUAUCUAAGUUUAUGCUAAAUAAGUUCUUACUUUGAAGUAAUUUUGCUCUUAACUUUUUUUUUUCUGGUUAGAGAUGUGAGUGUUCACAAGGCAAGAUGAAAUAUACCUGGGUGUCGUCGAUUCAACGUCGACCGCUUAUGAAGCCCUUUAGUGCUGAAUGUAGUUAUAAUUUAAUGUUAAUUAAUUUUUAGCAUGGGAAACUGAGCAUUUAAUCUGCGUUACUGUCGACUGACAGAUAAAUUUUAGGCAUAACUAAAGUAUUAUGUUUGCUUCCUUACACCUUCUCAAGCCUGAUGAAAGAAAAAUAAGCCAUCAGUUAGUUACUUCGUUUUGUUACGUUUGAAUUUCGUUGAAGACUUUCUCUACUAUAGUGAACAAAGGCACUUGAUACACCCAUAACAAGUCUGCAAUCCAACUUCUAGCAAAAUAAAAAAAUAUAAAAUUAAGAAAUUUAUGGUAUAACAAUUCUAUUAAGUUAAGUAGAAGUCC